GUUCGUGCGUCCCUUCUUCUCUUUUCUCCUUCUUUCUUUUUUUCUUUCUUUUUCUUUCUCCUUUUCCAUCUUCCUCAUCUCUCCUCCGUUCCUCCUAUCUCCGCCGGCUCCAUCAACAUGGAUAAUGUACUGAUCCUUUUUCCGACGCCCAAGGAGAUCGAGACCGCCGACAAGGUCCCCCAUUUCGUCGACACCUUCUACAACCUCGUCACGGACAUUUACGAGUGGGGUUGGGGCCAAUCCUUCCACUUCUCCACCUCCAUCCAGGGGAAAUCCCAUCGCGAUCUGCUCGGAGUUGAAGGCCGGCGACCGAAUCCUGGACGCCGGCUGCGGCGUGGGGGGUCCGAUGCGUUCCAUUGCUGCCCGUCCUGGACGCCGGUUUCCCCUCUUUCUUCAAUUUCCCCUUGUUCUUCUUCCCCGUCUCCAUCCCCGUCCACCGUCCCUGCCGACGAACGCAUGUUUCAGUCCACCGCCGAUUGCAAGUACAUUCACAUGUUCAAGAGCAUGAUAUUAUGAUAAUAGGAUUGUUCACAAGAAAGAACUGGAAAGGGUUAAAUGAGGGAGAUGGGCUAGCUGUUUUAGAGGCAUUUCUUAGGCAGGAUAUGGGGGAGACAAAGGAGGGUGGAUUGGUGUGGGUGUGGGUCAAUGUGUCUUGGAUUUUUGUGGCUGUUUAUUUAGCCUAGUUGAGGGACACAAUGGGGGGUUUUUGACAGGUUAUUUUCGGCCAGUAUAUGGGGGUAAGGGAGUGCUUAUUUAGGCUAUUAUUAGGAGUGGUUUUGGCCUUAAGGGUGUAAAUUUAAUGGAAGGACAAUUGUGGGGUUCAAAGGGUGUGGUGGUGUGUUGGGUUGUGAGGUAUAUUUGGCCAGGG